AUGCCCUUCCGCCCCCCCCCACCUCCUCACCCGUGGGACCCCCACAGCCGCCCUCCUCAGGGCCGAGGGAAGAGCCCCGGGACCCCCUUCCGCCCCCUCCCUCACCUGGGGGCGCCCCGUGGGACCCCCGCAGCCGCCCGCCUCAGGGCCGAGGGAAGAGCCCCGGGACCCCCUUCCGCCCCCUCCCUCACCUGGGGGCCCCACGUGGGACCCCCGCAGCCGCCCGCCUCAGGGCCGAGGGAAGAGCCCCGGGACCCCCUUCCGCCCCCUCCCUCACCUGGGGGCGCCCCGUGGGACCCCCGCAGCCGCCCGCCUCAGGGCCGAGGGAAGAGCCCCGGGACCCCCUUCCGCCCCCUCCCUCACCUGGGGGCGCCCCGUGGGACCCCCGCAGCCGCCCGCCUCAGGGCCGAGGGAAGAGCCCCGGGACCCCCGCGCCCGCAGCCGCCCGCCUCAGGGCCGAGAGGCCGGGCCCCACACCCCACCCACCGACGCUGCCCUCUUGCCGGCGAGGCGGCCAGGCGGGCUAGGCCCACAGCACCGCCACCGUUGCCGCGUCGCAGCCUCGACCUCGCUCUGGCCGUUCUGUGUGAGCGUCACGCGGCAGCGCCGAGUCCUUCAAAGGCCGGCGCCGCCGCUGGGCCCCGUGACCCUCUCGUCCAAUCACCGACCGCCCCAGACCAGCGCCCCGCCCCAGCGCCGCACGGGCCGCGCCUGCGCAGUUGGAGCCCGGGGCCUGCACGCGACGGAGUCGCCUGGCUGCGCGCGGCCGGAAGAGGCCGAGGGGCCGCGCGACCCGACCUCGCUCCUCGCCUCGCCUCAGGCCCGGCCCCUGCGUGCUCCGGGGCCGCCCGUGUGGAAAAGGCCGCACGGCCCGGAGGGGGUCCUCGCCCUGAGCUGGAGCGCGCCCGCGCCCAGGAGGGGCGGCCUCGCCUCAGGGCCGCGGGUGCCCACUCGCGGGGCGCGUUGGAUCCCCCAGCCCCGCGGGCGGUUCCCGAGCCGGCCUGGGCGGCGCGGGGCGUGAAUGUGGGGUCGGCCUCCCGGGAACAGGCCCGCCGGUGGGCUCUGGGGUGA